AUGGAGCAGGACCUCCAGAGCCUGGCUGAAUCCGUCGCGGCCUUGGACGAACAGUUUGCUGUCAGCGUCAUCUGCUCCGUCCUUGAGACCCGGCCAGAGCUUGCCCCUUCCGUGGUCUCCUUCUCCGUGCCAGACCUGACGUAUCCGCCCAUCAAGGCGCUGGUAGAGCGGCGGUCCGACGGCUUCAUCAAGUCCUUCAACACGGAGAAGGGCUUUGGUUUCAUCGCUUGCGAUGAGCUUCACCAGGUGUUCAACAACGAUGUGUUCCUGGUCUCCCAGCAGAUGGGUGCCUUCAAUGUGGGCGACCAG